UGUUAUUUGACCGAUUUGACGAGCGAGCUUGUCUACUGAACAGAGACAGAAAACAGGGGGGCAGGGACUCCCCUGAGAAGAGAGUCCGUACAGAUGGAGGAGGGAGCAGGAAACCUGCACGGCACAGCUGGGUCGCAAGUGGGAACCCAGAAAAGGGAGGAUGCUGCAACAGAAAGACCGAUCAAAAGAAAUAAGGAACAGGGACCAGCCAGUCCCAGCAAGAAAGCUCAACACAAAGAGAGGCGGACAAAGAGAAAUCAAAGAAGGAAAAAGAGCAUCUCAAACAUAAAAGGAGAUGCAGACGUCAAAGGUUCAAACACAGAAACAGCCAAGAUGGAGGUUGUAGAGACAACAAGCAGCCAAACUGAGGAGAGUGUGUCUAUAGAAGCUCAACAUGUGGAUCCCCGAGUGGAAGAUAACAGUGGAGAACAACGGCACAAACGUGUCAAGAUGGUGCAAGCUCAGACUCAAACACAGGAACUCAAAGGCAGAGACAAAUUCACACAAACUCCAGCUGUUUUUCACAACAACCAGGAAACACAAACAGACGACAAUGAAAAUGCACAACCUGGACCCACCUCGGCUGAGUCCCAGCUAAAAGAGGACAAACAGACGCCUGAACCCAAGCUGCGAGACGACAGCACCGUUCAGAGUCAGUUAAUGCAAAAUGAAAAGCCGGACAGUGUCAGAGCAACUUCAGACUCAGCCAAGGAGCAAAACCUCAAGACAGAGUCAAAGUUUAAAGAGGAGCAUCUGUCUGCAGGAGCCUCAGGUGAUCCCACAGACGCCCGAGCUCAAGAAGGUGUCAAACCAAAGUCUUACGCCAAAGCUGUGUCUGGAGAGGGCGGCACUGAGAGACAGUCCAAUAUGGAAGCCUCCAAAGCAGCAGAUAGAACCCCCAAACCAUCCCAAAGCUCACGUGAUCGCAGCCCAGUCAGACCUCCACCUGCUGCUCCCAUGUUCACCUUUCACAUCUAUGCUGUGCUGGACAAAAAGUUUAGAUUCAACCAAAAGCAUGACACGCUCGUGCUGUGUUACGAAGGAGCGUAUUUACCCUUGAAAAUGACACAUUUUGUUGGACUAAACGAGGGAGGAUAUCUGGUGGAAGCGAGUCUUUCCAUUGAAGAAAGCAGCCUGCAGAGAGGCAUCUGGUUGACCUAUUGUUACGGUGUAAAGCAACGACAGAAAGAGCUGAUGGGAAAUGCCACAAGACAUGCUCAAAUUCCAUUGGAUCACAACAUUAAAGAGUUGCACCUCUAUGAAGGCUUCAUUAGUCGUCGGGAGGCGCAAAGUUUGUUGCAAACUGGCCUCCACAUGAUCGGCUUGAAGAAAUCAAAAGGUGUUGAGGUAUCAGACGCCUGGCAGGCCUCGGCGAGAGAUCUGCUCAACAGAAUCUUCCAGAAAUGGUCCCCAUCCGACAAACAGAGCACUGAGAGCUUGUGUGACAGCUUGUUGCACUUUAUGAGGAGUUUGGGUUUCGUACACAUGAGCGUGAUAUUCCCGGACGAUUCCCGACCUCCCAUGAUCAUGACAUCCGAGCUGAUUUCCGAGACUUUGGUCCAGAUCUUGAAAAGAGAGCCGAAGGAGAAAUUCCCAGGCACCCAGAGGACCAGUCCUCUUGUUCUGGGCCUGUCUGUGUUCAUGGUUACCAGGAGGUGUAACAUCAACCUUGGAGUGAAAGGAUGGGCUGAGCUGUGUGUCCUGGUGUCCUCAGAGACCGCGAUGGACACGAAGAACCUGGACGAGUUACUCAGUUUUAUCCAGAGUCCACAAUUCACUGUGCUGGGUCUGAUGAACCACUGCGCCCAGCUGAUGGUGUCGGAGCUCGUCCUGCUCGUUCCUCUGCUCUUCAGACUCAGACAGUCCGGAGCUGAUGCAGCAAAAGUGGGUCCAGCUGUCGAGGAGGAGGACUGGUCAGGACUUCAAAGAGUCUGUUUCAGCAGGUUCAGGGAGAAUAUACAGUCCCACCCUGACAAAAGAAAGAGAGUGCUGUCUUUGAUCCAGACACACUUAGCAAUGGCUGAAGAGGCGCCGCUGCUUCGGAUCAGCUGGUUAUGUCUGGCAGCGUUUGAGGAUCUUCCUGAAUUUUCAGACCUGAUGGGAAUACCUGCAGAACAGCUGAUCCAGAGUCUGUUGUACAGACUGCGAAAAUGUGACGAGCGAAGGGAUAACAACAGAGCGCAGGAGGAUGUGACGCAUGCUCAGAAAACCUUGUCCCAUAUCCUGCUGAAGGUGGACAAAGAGAAGGACAGGUUGAUGGAAUCUGGAAACAUCAAACCAGCCUUCAUGAGCAGCAUCAGUGUGCUGAAGAGCACGUGCAAAAAUGUGCGACUCGUCGCCUCGUACCAGCCUGCAGUCCUGUCCUUCCAGCUAGUGUUGAAAGUGGCAGAGAUUCUGGACGCCAAACUGAGGAAAGAGUCUUCAGAAGAUGAGUUUAAGAGCUCAAAGCAGAAGCUCUUGGAUGAUCUUAAUGUGGUGCAGCAGAGGAUCAGUGAGUGGAGAGAUGAAUUGCUGCAAAAACCUCUUGUGACGCCUUCAAAAUCACUCGCCUACCCGAAGGAAAUUCAGAUGUGGGAUGCACUGAUGAAGGUGGAAUGCUCUCUUGAAGAGUUUUCGUCCUCUUGGAGGCAGAGCCUGAAAAAAGACCUGAAGAAGAGGAUUUCCAAGGCGAGUGAGGAGGACAAAGUACUGAUCUGCUGCCUCGACUCGUCCAUGGCAGCUAUAAGGAAAAGCCACGAUGUUGUGCAGAACUGUUUCGACGAGCUGUGUCAGUCUGCCAUCAAGACGGUCUGCCAGAGAGGGCAGGAGGGAGAUCUGAUGCGGGGUCUCAGCUCUAAGGUGAAGGAUCUCCCUGUUGUUGUCACGUCUGCUGUUGUGGUUGAGUCAGCAGCACGAUUCAGAGACUCUGUAGACCAGCUGCUGGAUCCGCAGUCUGCCAUGAACCACCUACUGUCUUACGGUGAUUGGAAGUCGAUCCAGGUGGAUGACACAGCAGGGCAGGUUGUCCACAGCCGUCUGGCUGCACUGCAGCUUCUGGUGGAGUCUCUGCUUCAAGGACACGUGCCCCUGGGACACCUACAGACCUGCCUGAAAUAUAAAGAGCAGUUUAAGAGACUUUACCAGCAGUACAAGAAAAACACCAAAUCUGAGACAGUUCCUGUGGAUGCAGAGGCUGUUUUGGCUCAGAGAGAGAAGGAUUUGAAUUGUUUCAUCCAGCGGAAACAGCAGAUGGAUACACUGAUCAAGAUGAUAGCAAAGGUUACAGAAAGCAUCACGGUUCCUGAGAUGUCGACUCUCGAGGAGCAGCACAGUGCAGAUCUGCAGACUACAAACCUCAACAAACUGGUGCUCGUUCAGACCUUUGAUGCUGGAGGGAAGGUGGGGAAGACGGGACCUUCCCCAGUCCUGUGGUAUAAUGCCAGUCUGAAUGUCUUGAAAAUGGCCAGCGAGAUGCACAAACUGCAUCACAGCAACCUGAUCCUGUCCUCCUGGGUCAAGGGGGCUGCACUUUUGGUGUCAACGAGGCAACCCUGCUCAGCGCCUGUUUCAGUCACCCUAACACAGAUCUGUGAAACCAUCUGGAAGCCGCUAUUGACGGAGUUCAUGCAGCUUGGUGGCAGCAUUGCAGAUGCAAACAUCACUUUCAAGCAGCUCGAUCAGGUUUUGGUGGAAUCUGAUGACCAGGGAGACGGGAAGCUAAUGAAGAAGGAGCUGACUCUGAUGUCAGAGACACUUAGUGAGACAGGAAGGUUCAAAUCUGAGGAGAACUGGGUGGACCUGAGGCUCAGUCAGAUCCAGCAGUAUCGGCAGCUCCAUGAGGCAGCAGCUGCAGCCAGUGCGAUGCUGAAAAUUGCUGAAAAAAUGAAACUCUCCGGGAACUUCACAGAAAUUGACACUCUCACCCAAAUGGAAGAAGAGACUUUCAAGCAGAGGGCCCUGGGGUCCCUCAGUGACAACCUGUAUCGUGCCAAACAGCAACUCUCCACAGUCACCAAGCAACACACUGCCUGUCUGGAAGAGUUCCUAGCAAGUCAGACUCUGGUCAACUGGGUCAAAGAGAACCUUAAAAAUAUGAGCGACGUGAAGGUCUAUGUCGACCUGGCUUCCAUAUCUGCUGGAGAGAACGACACAGAGAUCGACCAGGUGGCCUGUUUCCACGAUGCAGUGAUGGGCUACGCCCCUAUGCUCUACUCCCUCUCCCCUCAAGCUGGCUUUGAGGAGUUCAUGAAGUGUGCUCGGCAGGUGUGGGACACCCAAAGCAGAGAUGAGAUGCUACCGGACAAAUUGAGAGAGUCUACUCGAUUGCUGAGCUGGCUGAAAGCACUGAAGGAGACCCACGGCUCUGUGGAGCAGUCCUCUCUCUCCCUAGCUUCUUCUAUUAACUCUGGCGGAGUUUAUCACGUAGGAUGGUCUGAUGAAAACACAGAGAAGAGAUGUCUCCAAAACAUGGUACAUGUCACAGUGAAACACGGCAGAGAGGAGAGGAGCUACAAGCUUGAAGACCUUCUGGAGCUACAGAACAAACUCAUGCUCAUGUCAUCCAAAGGGGAACAUGGCAGAGAACAAGUCAACAGGUUCACAGAGGUUUUUGAAGGAGUUCAGAGACUGGGCACCGUCCUUCUUCAGAUGCAAACAUCUGGCAACAUGCUCUUCAAGCAGUGGCAUGCUGAGGUCCAGUGCUGCCCACGACAGCAGCCGUGCAUCAGAGUAAACUUCCUAUCCCUGAUGGGUAAAGAGAUAGUGUACCACGGUGAGGUGACUGAGCAGCUACAGAAGCUGGCUCAUUCCAUGGAUAGCUGCCAAAAUGAAUGGCGGUCCUUCAUCAGUGAGAUGCGCUCAAACUUCAGCUUGCUGAACCACUACACCUCAGAGCAGAUGGUGUACCUUUGCCACUGGAUCCACAAAGUGUGUCAACAGCAGUCACCAGUUCCUCCACAGUUCUGGCAUUUGCUUUUUCCCAUAAAGCCUGAGUGCACGCUAACUGAUGUCAGAGUUGCUUACAGAGAUGCAGCAAGUAUGACCUCAAAGCAUGAUGAAUUGGAAGGCGUGGAGUUUGAAAAUGAAGACUCUCACAUACCUUCUAUUUACCUAACACCAGCUUCACCUGGACACACCGAGGAUGUGGAAGAGGCUCAUGAUUUGAUGGAGUUUUCUUCAGAGGUUGAAGAUGAUGAUGGCAUGAAAUGUGACGCUGGUGCCAUCAGGAGGCUGGAUGAGAACAGUCUUGAAAACCUCUGGCGUAAAUUCAAAGAUGACAUGCCACAGUACCUCAGCGAGUACUUGGACAUCUCAUCUUUGGCCCACUUCCUCUCAUGCCUCUCUGAAAUGAGCCAGCAACACAUUACCAGGAACCUUCCACCGGUUCUCCAAGAGGGACAGCCCAAUCUUGUGCUUUGUCCCAGUGCAGAAGUUUUUACCACAGUCCUGUCUUUUUACAUGGAGAGUCCAGAGCAGCCUCUGCCAUCUACUGAUGAGGUUCUAGUCUGCAGAGAGGAAACCACAGAGGAGCAGGUGGAGAUCUUUCUCCGCCGAGCUCUUGGCCAAGGAUCCGGACGCAGCUGGCAGAAGAUAUACUCUCUUGUCAAUCCGGGGCUGCUGGGAUAUGAUGUCAGUGUGGCCAUGGGGGAGCUUUUUGAGGGUCUUGAGAGAAGUGGCAAUCCACAUUAUCGUUUGGUAAUAGUCAGCCCAGUUGUGCACCAGCACAGAUAUGUGCCCUCUUUCUUCAGCAAUUACAAAGUUCAGGCUGGCGUGAGUCUAACAGCAGAGACAGCCAGGAAAUAUCUACAUCACCACUUCACACAGAACACGCUCCCACAAAACCCUGUCGCACUGGUGUCUCCAGAUCACCUCUCAGUGUGGAUGGUUUCAUCUGCACGACCUGCAGUCGGGAAGUCCCUUUAUGUGAAUCGUUUGUUUGAGAAGUUCCAGCAGAAAUCUCCCCGAGCAGAACAUAUUACGAUCAGACUGAUUCAGCCACACGUUGAUAUGGACUCUUUGGUCAAGAGUCUAUCAGAGAAACUGGCACCGUUGAGAGAGCAGGACCCUGUUCUCCUGCACAUCGACACCGCUGGAGUUCGUUCAGGUCUGGAGGAGUUCCUGUUCCAUCUGUUAGUUCUGGGCUGUUUGAGUGACAGCCACGGUGUGCUGUGGAGAAGGAAUGAAGCUCACCUGAUCACUGUUGAGGUCCUGAAAACCUACACAUCGCCUCAAACCCAGCCAAAACAGAUGAGGCUUGGACUUCUUGACAUUUUACCUACCAUCCAUUGCAGACCUCCAAAAGAGGUGAAGCAGUUGUUGGCCAGCAGAGGGGUGUUGACAAAGCAGACCUUUGAUCCACUCAUGGAUGAACAGGAGUUUUGCAGUGAGGGUAUUCAAAGGCCAUAUCAAUACUUAAAGCUCUACGGCACAAAUCAGAAUCUGGAUCAUUUUAAAUACCAGGAAGGAUCCAGAGUGGGGAAUCCCACUGAUUGCAUCCAUCAUUUUCUGUCAUACUGUGGAAUGCAAGAUCCAUCGUGGGCAGAGCUGAAGAACUUCUCCUGGUUCCUCAAUGUGCAACUGAAAGACUGUGAGAACUCAGUUUUUUGUGAUCCAGAUUUUCUUGCUGACCAGCUUCCUGGUUUCAAGGGCUUCAUUGUGAAGUUCAUGAUUCUAAUGGCAAGAGAUUUUGCCUCACCAUCUCUGAACACAUCUGAUGAAAGUCCCAUGCUGCACAUUGAUAACAGUCUGGAGGAUGACAUUCUCGCCCGCCUGACAUUGCGUAAGCAUUGGGAAAAUGAGUCUCAUCCGUACAUUUUCUUCAAUGCAGACCGAUUCUCAAUGUCUUUCCUUGGCUUUCAUGUGAAGAUGUGUCGGAGGCGAAACACACUCAAUGCAUUUGAUCCUCGGAGCCUCAAGGUCCUGAUAGAAGAUGUGAUGUCAGAAAAACUUUUUCAAGGUUUAGAACGACAGAGGAUCUCUCUCACUGAAGACUUUGAUCGGUUGCCCCGGCCGGACAAAAUCAAAAGGAUUUCGUGUGUUGUUGGUGCAAAGAAAGGAAUGAUGGUCAGAGAAUUUGAUCCAGACCCAACAUACGAGCUCACUGUUGACAAUGUGAUGAAGAUGUUGGCCAUACACAUGAGAUUUCGGUGUGGAAUUCCAGUUGUCAUCAUGGGAGAGACCGGCUGUGGAAAAACCCGAUUAGUCAGUUUCCUUUGUGCCCUGCGGAGGGAGGAAAGACCUGUAGAGAACAUGGUACUUGUCAAGGUACAUGGUGGAACUACAGCAGAGAUGAUCUACAGAAAGGUGAGGGAGGCAGAAAUACUUGCUGAGAAGAACCAUAGAAUACACAAGAUAGACACCAUCUUGUUCUUUGAUGAAGCCAACACCACAGAGGCCAUUUUUGCCAUCAAGGAAAUCCUGUGUGACCAGUCAAUGAAAGGGAAACCUCUGAAGGCAGGCAGUGGCUUGAAAAUAAUAGCUGCUUGCAACCCUUACAGGAAGCAUUCACCCGAAAUGGUGGAACGUUUGGAACAUGCAGGUUUAGGAUACAGGGUAAAGGCAGAUGAAACAGAAGACCGCCUUGGUAAAGUCCCCCUGAGGCAGCUGGUGUACAGGGUUCAUCCUCUGCCUCCAAGUAUGGCUUCUUUGGUAUGGGAUUUUGGACAGUUGAGUGAUUCAACUGAACUUUCCUACAUCAAACUGAUUGUCCAGAAGAAAGUUCACGACCAUCAUUUGCCAGUGGCCUGCACGGACAUCAUUUCAAAUGUGCUGGGAGCCUCCCAGAAAUACAUGCGAAGUCGGAAAAAUGAGUGCAGUUUUGUGAGUCUCAGAGAUGUGGAGAGGUCUAUGAAAGUGCUGGUUUGGUUUUACCAGCAUAGUGAGGUCCUAUUCAGCAACUGCUCUCAUCUUAAUCAGGCUCAUAAAACACUGAAGUGCUUGAUUCUUUCAGUUGGAGUGUGCUACUACCCAUCUCUGGUGGCCAAAGAGCAGUACCUCUCUGUAAUUUGUAGAUACUUUCCAGACCCUCUCUCCUCUCCAGAAGCAUUGCAGGAGGAGAUUUCAUUCUGUCAAGACAUCUUCCUUCAGAGCAUACCAACAAGGGAGACCAUAGCCAAAAAUGUUGCUCUCAAAGAGAAUGUGUUUCUCAUGGUGGUUUGCAUUGAGCUCAGGAUCCCACUCUUUCUGGUUGGCAAACCAGGCAGCUCUAAGUCUCUUGCUAAAACAGUGGUUGCUGAUGCCAUGCAGGGCCAGAACUCCCACUGUGAACUAUUCAAGAAACUCAAGCACGUUCAUAUGGUCUCCUUCCAGUGCAGUCCUCACUCAAGUCCUGAGGGCAUCAUAGGGACAUUCAGGAACUGUGCCCGCUUCCAGAAGGACAAAAACAUGGAUGAGUAUGUAUCAGUGGUGGUUCUUGAUGAGAUAGGACUGGCAGAAGAUUCUCCUCAGAUGCCCCUGAAGACCCUUCAUCCUCUCUUGGAAGACGGUUGCAUUGACAAUGACAAGCCAGAUCCACACAUGAAGGUUGGCUUCGUGGGCAUUUCUAACUGGGCUCUUGACCCAGCAAAGAUGAACAGAGGAAUAUUUGUGUCCAGAUGGGAUCCAAGUGAGGAUGAGCUUGUGGAAACUGCCAAGGGAAUUUGUUCAUCCUCCAACAAAAUUCUCCUGAAAAUCAAACACCUCUUCCCGUCUUUGGCGAAGGCCUUCUUGAGCAUCUGUAAAGAGACCUCAAAAAAUCAGUUCUUUGGUCUAAGGGAUUAUUAUAGCCUAGUCAAAAUGCUCUUUGCUGCAGUCAAAUCCACACAACAGGAACCAGAUGGCAGACAGUUGGUAGAGGCCAUCUUGCGUAACUUCAGUGGACAGCCAGAGGAUUUUGACCCUGUCAUAUUUUUCCAAGAGGUUCUUCAAAACUUACUGGAAAUUCCCAGACCAAGCACCUUGCAAAUGGUGAAGAAGAAUCUUGAUUAUGACACCAACCAGGAGAGCCGUUACCUCCUUUUGCUGACAACCAAUAAUGCAGCGCUCCAUAUCCUUCAGCAACAAAUCUUUGCCAAAGGAGAUUAUCCACCACCCGAAAUUGUCUUUGGCUCAGGAUUUCCAAAGGACCAGGAAUAUGCCCAAAUCUGCCGUAAUGUUAACCGAGUGAAAACAUGCAUGGAGACUGGGCGUACUGUCAUCCUCCUCAACAUGCAAAAUCUUUAUGAAAGCCUGUACGAUGCCUUGAAUCAGUACUAUGUUUACCUCAGUAAGCAGCAGUAUGUUGAUCUUGGUCUCGGCUCCCACAGAGUCAAAUGCCGUGUCCAUACAAACUUCAGACUGGUGGUAGUGGAGGACCAGAAGAAGGUCUAUGAGCACUUUCCCAUGCCCCUCAUCAACAGGCUUGAAAAACACAGGGUGGACAGGAGUACCGAUCUGGAACCAUGGCAACACAGGGUUCUCUACAAACUGAAAGAGUGGGUGAAGGAGUUCUCAGGUGAUGCUUCAGAGGAUUUCAGGCUAUCUGACAUUUUUGUUGGCUACCAUGGUGACGCCUGUGCCAGUGCUCUCUUGCAAGCACUAGAAAGCAGAGAACAAAAAGCUGAAAGCAGUGCAGUAAGUCAACAUCAACAGACUGAAAAAGAUGACUCACUGGAGGAUGAACCAAAUGAAACAGAUUCAGAUGGACAGAAAGAGGUAACUGCUCAGGAGGAUGAUGAGUUUGGUGAUGCAAUGGAUGUAGAUAGUGAUGGAAAAGAGCAAGACAUUCUGUCAGUGGAAAAGAAUGAUGAUAAAUCCACUGAGGUAUGUGAUGACGAGAACAAAGUGAUGUCUGAGAGUGAAGAAAUGCUGGAGACAGGAAACAAUCUUGGGUCUGCUGGGGAAAAUGAGGAAGAAGUAGUCUUUGAUUUAGCUAAAUGUCUCUUGUUGAACUGUGCAACACCUGACGCUGUGGUGAGACUCAAGUAUUCAGAUUUAGCAAACCAGGAUAAGGACAAACUCCAGAGGAUGUACUUCCAGCAACAGCAUCACCACUCUCUCAGAGAUUUUCUGCAAGACAGUCUGAACAAGCAUCAGAGGUCCAGCAAGUUUCUAGAGAUAACUACGUUCUCCAGCUUGUUAACCAGAGCAGAUGUCAGGGUUGUAGCCCAUGCCCUGGGACUGCAUACAGACAGGAUCCUCCUGCUCUCGCUUCACCAGUUUGACACUGAGGUCUCCUUCUGCAACAAGAUACGGGGCUUCCUUCUGGAUGCUGGCCACUCUCUUCACAUCCUGUUAAUCCAGAUGGACCUUGAGGAAUCCCACUGCAGUGAUGAGCUCAUAGCAUCAGCAAAAUAUUGCGCCAUGAAUUACUUGAUGUCACUGGAGGAUCAGACCUGUUGGGUGAUUUUCAUUGUGAAGGUUUCUAGGAUGCCAAGUCAGUCUCAGUACAUUGGUUUCCAAGGAGGAGUCUGGCACUCAGUGCAUAUUGAUGACCUGAGGGAUUCAGAGGACAUGAGCCUGAACCUGUUGGGUUUCUGUGGUACUCUCAUUAGCAGCUUACUCAACCCUGCACCGUCAGAUCACGAUGAAGAUGGAGAAACGUUGAGGCAAAGAAAAGACUUCCAGGCAGAUACAGCCCACCUCCACAGCCUUUCCUUAGUGAGAUCAUGCAUCCAAAAAGCUGUGGGUUUGCUGAGGGACACCAACGGCGUGACUUCACGAAGCAUGCAGCGGAUACGCAUCCUCCUUACUCUUCUGGGAACUGGUCAAGGACAUGUAGGAGCUCACUUUCAGGAGGUGUUGUUGAUUAGACUGGCAGAGGCUUUGGCACAUAGAGAAGAAAAGAUGGGCUCUCCUAAGGAGUGGGUGAGCAGAGAAGCCAAGAAGCGCCACGCUCUGCAGGAAGGGGGAACUCUGAGACAUACCCUGUGGCGCUGUCUUCAGUCCACUGUGACUCCAACCUUGGCCGGCAUGUUGGAAGUUAUGGACAGGUAUGCAAAUCUGGACCUGCUCUCUGAUGGCAGGCUCAGCCAAGGUCCGAUAAAGCUGUGGCUGGACAUCCUGGCAGAUUCGCAGAUUUUAGACCUAACACCUCUCCAAAACCCAAGUGAGUCAGACCAGGAGGUGCUUGUGCAGCACUACUUCAUGUUGGAUGGCGAGGAACAACCCUGCGCUGCUGCAUUUAGCUGGCUCAUCAGAAUGCACCUUGAGAGUCUGUGGGAAGAAUCUGAAUUCAUGCCAGUAACAACAGAGCAUGGCACAGAGAGGAUUCUCCAGUUUGUGAGCACCUUCAACAACAGCAGGCUGGGCUGCCACCUACAGAAUCUCUCAGAUGAGGAGAGAUUGGAAUAUGGCCGCCACUACCUGCAAGACUUUCUGCUGCUUUCUUUGAAGAUCAAGUCCAAGGAUGAGCUCAGGGUGUUCACCAGGGCCGUGUUGGGCUGUGUGUCUGAGCUUCAGAUGUCCACAGGUGCCGUCGCUGACCUCUCGCCAGCUUGGAUAAUGGCUGCCGCCAAACACUUUGGCCCCAGACUGGACACUCUCUGCCACAUGCUUCUGCUGCAGCCCCAGCUAGCCACCGAUCUCUUUCAGCAGGGGUCAAAGAGGGAGCCCCGAGAGAUGGAGGAGGACAUUUUAGCUCUUGGUAACUGUGUGGAGGAGACCAAACUCCUGACUGUGACGUCCCUGGAAGAGUGCAAGUCCUUUGUGAGCAGAGUGGAGUUUCUGCAGCCUUGUCUGGACAGAGUUUUCGGUCAGAAAUACCGUACGCUCUGUAGCCCCAGCUGUCGGCAACAUCUGGACUCCAUCAGGUCGCUGUGGCAUGGGAUGCUGGUUGUGGCAUCUUUCAUCCAGCACGUCGUUUUUAAAGUUAAACAGAAUGACUCAAGACUGACAGAGCUGGUUCUCAAACACUGCAACCUUCACCUGAAUCUGAUGCAGGAGUCACCUGAUUUAAGCAGCGUGGAAACACUGCAGCAGCUGAUCCGGAUCCUCAAUUCUUUUCAUGAUGAGUGCAUCAGCAGGGAUCUGAGGUUUGGCAUUUCUUGCCCAGUUUGUCUUGUGGAGCUCACAGAGCCGUCCGUCCUGCCCUGCCAGCAUGUCCUCUGUCUGCCAUGUCUCCAACACUGCAUUCAGUCACAAAGACGCUCUUGUCCUAAAUGCAGGACGGACCUGCCACCCGACUUCAAGCCGACUGUUUCUCACACAGUCAAGGCAGCACUUCAGCAGCAGGCAGCCAUCAGGGGCUGCUGUAACUCCUUCUUCCUGGAGGUGGUGUCCAGGUUCUGUCUAUCAGCGGGGCAGAGGCCCAGAGAGGGCGUGGUGGAGCUGCUCUUCUCCUUGCUUGUCUUUGCCAGCGGAGAUGUAUACAGGACCCGAGAGCUCACUCCCUUCCUGGAGUGUGUGGAUAAUAGCCCAGUGGUGCGAUCUGUGCUGCCAAAGCUGCUGCUGCAAUACAGUUUUGAGCAGGUGAAGACUCACAUUCAGACCUACCUGAAGAAUCUGGAGGAGAAUCUUCUGAGCAGAGAAGAUCGUACUGAGCUCUACCUGCUGUUUGUCAACUGCUUCCAGGAUUCUCUGUUGUGCUCUGAAGCCAGAGAAGUGGAACAGAGUAGAGAAGAGCAAAGGCAAGCAGAGAUCAGAUUCCUGAGCCGGAUCGCCAGGAAGCAGACUCCAGACAGACAAGAAGACCCAGCAGAGUUCCUGCUCAACAUGGCCAGGCUGAGAAUAUGCCUGAGCAGCGCUGCCCGGCUGCUGCAGAGAGCUGCAGUUCAAGGCAGACAUGGGGUGGAGGCGCAGUACCUGCUGCAGGUGAAGGCGGUGUGUGAGUACUGCGGUAAUGACUGGCACAGGGUUUACCUCCUGCGAGCUCUGCACAGACUCUCUGGUAUGGACUGCGUACUGUCCCUGAUGAACAGUCCGGCCUGGAGAUGGGUCUUCCCUGCAGAGGUCCUUCGACUUCAGCGGAUGAUUCCAACUAACGUGGACCAGUUCCUGUGCUGUGGGACGCCAUACCGAGCUAUGAGAGACGCCGUGGCCCAGGUUCUGCUGGAAAACAGAUCUGACACCUUGACGGCAGAAAUCCAGAAGCUGAAGGGCUCUCAGAUCAGCCUCCUGGCCCUGGCCUUGUUCAGACAGGUCACCUGCCGCUACAAGUCACCUGACAUCAACAUACGGCCCUCCUCACAGGAGACGGCGAGACUGGAAGAGCUCCUGAAAAAUGUCAAGUCAAAGGAGUUCAGGGAUUUCUGCAGUGCACUCCUGUCAAAUCAGAUCGGUGGACCAGGAUCAAGCCUCCACAUCGACACGGAUCUUCUGGCUCAGAGACAACCCGUCCUGGAGCUGCUGGUCCAUCUGGACUCUGUGCUCCUCAGCGGAAAUCCUCUACUGGAUCCUCUCCACCAGAUAGCCUUCCAGCCUCAGAAUGCUGCAAACUCCUUUCUGCCAACCAUGCCCGAUGAUCGCACAAGUGAAGCCAAACGGUGGUUGACUGCAGACCCGAAAGCACAGCUGUACUAUUGUGCCAACGGACAUCCGUGCUUUGUGGGAGAGUGUGGUAGACCGAUGGUUAUAUCAACAUGUCCAGACUGUGGACUUCCAAUUGGUGGCUUUAAUCACUCCCCAGUCCAAGGGUUUACUAAACACGCAGAGCGAAGCGUCAGAGAUCAGACUCGGACAGGACACGUAUUAGGAGAGGCCCGUCAGAGGUCUGAAGCCCCUGAAAGACAGAUGACCUAUGCUCAGUCCUGCAUCCUGCGGCUGUUCACUCAUCUGGCCAUGCUUCAGGGCGCCAUAAGAAAUCAAAGAGGAGUUGGUGACAUGAUUCACCCCAGACCUCAUGACGUGUUCACCUUCCUGUGGAGCCACCUUGAAAAGGACAUGAGUGUGUUGGGGCAGACGCUGGAUCAGAACAUGGACAACACGGCGAUUGCAGUUCAUUUGAUUCUCAAUACCUGCACAGAGUUCGCAACAGCUUCCCGCAGAGAACGACAUGAUCUGUCCUCCAGGCAUGGACGGCAACAGUGGGAGAAGCUCGUCUGUGAUUCUACCAUCAACCCAGUACUUCGAGAUUUGCAGAAGAAUCUGGCUGAAGCUCAGGACAGAAUCACGGCAGAUUAUGGACUUGCUGGAAGUCCCCUGAUGAAACUCCUCUUCGGGGACCCUGAGAACAUGUUGUCCCUCCCCUCUGACUGCCCAACACAUCGCUCCUCUUUCUGGACUCUCCCAGAGACCAUGACGGUGGAGCGCUUCUCUCAGCUGGUGGGAGAACAGCUGGGACGCAGCUCCUUGACCCUGCUGAUCAUGUUCCUCAAGAAGAUACGCUGCGUGAGGCAGUUACAUCACCUGCCUGAGCUGGCUGCGUUACAGUCGGACCUGCUGAGGGCGUUUCCUCUGACGUCAGGCUCUGCACGGCAGAGUAUCGCACAGAUGUUGCAGCAGAUCCCAGCAGGGUACCAGAAGAAGACGCUGCUUGAGAGAGUGCAGAGAUUCAUCAAGGUGUGGAACCGCCUCAGAGCAGAGGUGGCAAACAACUCAGCAGACUUGGGUGUGGAUGUGAACUUGUGUGAGGAGGAGGUGACGACCGAGAGCUCUGGGGAGUUUCUGACACCGUGUAGACGUGGACCGGGUUCGUGUCUCCGAACUCUGCUUGACCUCCUGUUGGAGACUCACAACAGCCUGGUGAGAGAGGCCAGGAGGGUCCAGCACCAAGACGACAGUGAAUACAGUGUUCCUUUAGAGAGGAUCUCAGAAACCCAGCUGACCCUGUGCCACCCAGAGAGAGAGCUGCUACCGCUGGUUUUAGCCCACUGCCACUACACCUUGAAGAAAGGUGGUGAGACAGACAGCAGCUACGAUCUGCCAGGCAUCCAAACCCAGCUGGCCCGUCGCUUCCUGGCAGGAAAACCACUUAUCCAAGCGGACACGUCAAGGUACCUGAACAGACACCUGCAGGAUUUCUCUGUGGUUCUUACUGAGGUCAGAGGAAAAAUUCAACAGGAACCGCUGAAGGGUUCGCUGAGCGGCGCCGUGAGAACAGUGCUGCGUUCAUACACAGAUGUUUGCGAUGCUGUGUUUGUGGUGGAGAUUGGCCUUCGCUUUCUUGGCAAGACGGGCGGAGAUCCUCAGGGUCAACUUUUGUCUUACCUCACUGAUUCACUGCAGAUGGACCCACAGAUUUCCAGCUCUGUAGCCAAGAGUCUUGGAGAGAGCAGACUGAAACACAGCAUAUUCACCUGGCAACUCCUGACUUGCUGGAAAUCUGAGCUUAUGCUCAACAGAAAGGAAGAGCCGUUUCAGAGGCUGCCCACAGCGUUCCAGCAGAAGCUAUCUGAGGAGGAGAGGAAAGGGCUGAAGGUUUUCCUCGCUGUCACGGAUGUUGACACUUUCUCUUUGGAGCUGCAUGAAAUUCUGCUGCUGAAGACAAGCAACGCGGUGCCUGACGAGGGUUACCAACCACACUGGGACCUCAGGUCAACCUUAGAGGUCCAUUUGGAGCAGAAAGACCUUCCACCUCUGCUGGGGCUCGAGUCUUUACCAGAGGACAUCACCCUCGGACAAGGGGCUGACGUGUGGAGGGCAGCUGUGGAGUUUAAAAGAAGAUAAAUUACUUCUACAGACCUCUGAAUUAUUUCACAUCUUUCUCUCCUGUGAUUUUUGUUGUUGAUAUUUUGCUCAUGUGAUAUCUGGAUUAUGAUUGACUGUCUAUGAUUCAUUCAUUCCAUAUGAUAAGUCAUGUUGUGAUUAAAUAUCUGUAUCUGUGAUGUAAAUAAUUUUGAUGUUUUAGAUUUUGAGAUGUCUUAUGUGAUAAAGGUUCAAGAGAGAGCUAAAGGGAAGUGAAGCAUUCUUUAUGUUCACUUCAAUCUGUUAGUUUGGUGUCAGGGAACGAAAUAAAUUACCUAUGAAUGAA